UAGUGAUCGCGUUUUUUAAAUUUCCGGUCACGCACUAACACUGAAUAAUUAAUUAGUAGACAUUUUAAAGCAUAAACACUUUUCACGAUGGCGGAUCUCAGUGACUAUGUCUUCAUGAAAGAAAAGAAGCACACUUCUAUUAGAGUUAUCUGGUACCUAGUAUACGGAUUUUUUAUUAUGUUAACCGUGAGCUUGAUUAUCAAUCUCUGGCGGGAGUUUUUGACAAAUCCCACCGUAACGACACUGGAAAGCACCUCCCACCCCGUCUCCAAGGUCCCGUUUCCGGGAGUGGCGAUUUGCAACAUCAACAAAAUUAGUAAAAAGCGCGCACAAAUUUUUGCACAGAACAUAGCUGAACACGUCUCAAACGUAAACGCAUCAGAAGUACUCAAUUUAAUACCUCUACUUGGAAAGUUAUACGACUUUGACUAUAACACCAAAGACGAAACUAAACUUACGAAAUUACAAAAAAUCCUAGACGCGGUACAUCUAAAUACAAUUACCGUCAUGAACAAGCUUACUUAUACGUGCGACGAUUUCCUCAUUAAAUGCAAGUGGCUCGGAAAUUUGGAAAAUUGUUCCCGUAUUUUUAAAAUGAGGCUAACUUACGACGGAUACUGUUGUACGUUUAAUUACGUAAAGAACACACCGCAGCACAACAAAGUUCCAGCAGGAGCGGCACCACUUACGGGAGAACCCGGCAUCGACAGAGGUUUAUACGUGAAGAUAAAUAACGACCCCGAAGACUAUUUUUACACAUCUUUGAGUUCGGCCGGAGUGACAGUUCAAGUAUUCGUGCCCACCGACUACCCUGACAAACCCAGCGGUAGUUUAAUCGAAGUAGUCGCAAGACUAAACACUGAAACUUUCGUGAGAAUAAAACCGACAACACUAUUUACGGUUAGAGACGUAAUCGAAUAUCCCUUAUCCAAAAGGGGGUGUCUUUUUGACGAAGAACGAGUGACGGGGUUCCACGGGGUUUAUUCCCAGAGUGACUGCAACGUGGAUUGCAGAGUUGCCAGUUCUUUAGCGCUGUGUCAGUGUGUACCUUUCAUGGUACCUUUAAGUACUCCGGAAAAUGUAUGCACGUUGAACAAUCUACAAUGUUUACAUCGAUACAAAAGUAAGUGGAACACUAUGUAUCCUGAGGAUGACACUUCUGGGUUUCUGCAACGCGAACAACAUGACUCUUUGAGGUGUACAAAUAAUUGUUAUCCUUCGUGUGGUGGUACUACGUAUGAUGUGAUUUCGGACAGUGCGGCCAUCCAUAAGUCGAGAGCAGAGAAUCAAACAAGCGUCCAAAUCUACUACUCAGAACGAUUUUCGGCGUUGUACAAACAAGACGUAGUUUACUAUUGGUUCGAAAUCCUAAGCAACUUUGGCGGAACUUUUGGACUCAUCAUCGGCAUGAGUUUAGUAUCCAUAAUAGAAUUUAGUGUAUUCUCCUUCCAAGUCCUGCGAAGAAAAACCCACAGCUAAUUGGUUCGCACCGACCGCUUAA